ACGUUGGAGAUUGAAAUGACGCAGGUCCUCCGUCAUUUUCUGUAUCUACGUCAGUUCAUCCAGCUACGCUAUUUAAGACAUCGCCGAUUAAAUCAGCUGCACAUAUUUCCCUUCUCAUAACCAUCAACAAAUCUCAAACAAUAAUGUCUUCAUUACCAUCUGCCAGAGGCGCCGUUACGGAUCCCAUCGAAAGGGAUCGCAAAGAACAGGACGUCGAGAGAAAGCUCAGGCUUUACACCACCGUCAACGCUCUGCGGGAGUCUAAACUACCAGCUAACAAACAGUUGGACGGCUGGCUGGACGUCUUGCAGCAGAAUCUCGGAUCCGAUGGCCACAGUCAAAAACUUUCGAGGCAAGGCCAAAAACUCACUACAGAUCUUCGAGAUAUUCUCGAUACCGUCCGUCUCAUGUUGAAGAACAAGAAUGGUGACGAAUUACUUCAAGACGUCAUCUGGAACACCAGGGAUAUCGAGACUCCCAACUCAAUCAAAGGCGAAGAUUUGGCCAACGAUAGUCAUGUAUUAGGUGUCAACAAGAACAAAGCCCAAGAGGAUGCCCAACAAGCUGCUCACUCUAUUCGAACACUUCUCCAUCUCCUAUUAACCAAUUCCGAGGCCAGAAAACUCGUGUCCGACUUUUCGGUUGUUGGCAGAGAUCUGCUCGCCCGUGGAUUAGGCAAGGCCAGUGAAGGCUUGCGUCCCGACGAAGACCAACUUAAAUUGGUCGAUGAAUCUCACCGAGGUGAAGGUGGUGCUUUUUCCGUGGCUUCUCCAGAACAACGCGCUCGAGAACAAGAAGAAAUUGGAGUCGAUGGAAUGGCCAAGGCCCGUGUGCCGAGUGACAUUAAAGAUUCCGCAAACGCUGUUGCUGAAGAAGCUAGUCGUACUAAAGACACUGCCCAAUCUGCGGCCAGAGAUGCACGCGGACAAGAUAUAUCUCCCUCGUCGCCCCAAGAUGGCGUCGAAGUCGUCAAAGAAGAGAGCAAGAAACGUGGACUCAUGGACCGUGUUAAGAAUGUGAAGAAUUCGAUCCCCAGCGAACAUCAAGAGAAAGCGAAAGAUCAUUUCAAUCGAGGAAAGGAAUUCAUCACGGAAGAGUAUUUCCCGAAAGAGAGGCGCGAUCAGUGGAUAUGGAGAGGAAAGAAGGUCAUUCUUGAAUGCCAAUCUCAUCCAGAGUAUCAAUCAUCGCUGCGCUGGUUGCUCUCGUAUAUCAAAGAAUAUGCGUCACACGGAAGGAGAAUCGCUAAUGAAGGAGGAAACAAAGCUACUGAAGGUGUGAAAGGCAAUGGCGAUCUGCAAGGCACUAUGUCGCAACUGAGGGCUCUUACCGAACGAUUUGCCAAUGGACGAAGCAUGGAAGAAGAUAUUUGGGAUCCAAUCAAUGCACUCAUCGAUGACGCGCAAAGAGACCAGGAAUUUAAGCAAUGGUGGAAUGAAGUCGAUGAAUGGCUCGAAAAGAUUCUGUUAACUCCAGGAUACGUUAUUGAACCAGUUUCCAGCAACAGAGGACGAGAAUUGUACGAGGCUGGGAAGAAAUUCUACGGCAGCGGGCAGUUUGAUGAUGAGGUUAUUAAUGAACCACAGGCUGGCACUACUGACUUCCAUUCUACCGCUGCAAAUUCUGGCUCUGGUUACGUUCCUUAUCAAGUCGGUGACGUCAACGCCACCGCUGCUGGCCCCACUUCUACUGCGCAACCUACUUCCACCAACCAACGCUCUGCUAAUACGCAACCAGCGACGCGCGGCAAGUACAGAGAGCAUUUCGACAACGUGUUUGAAGGCAUUGGCAAGUUUGUUGGCGGGAUUGGUGCUGAUCCUUUGAAUCGCCGGUUUGGUACCGAUAUUCAGCGUCUCACGAAGGAUUUGCUCUUCGACUCUGAAGGCAAGCUGACGUUCAAGGCCGAAUUAUGGAAUGAUGUUAGAAACACGAUUGUGCCCGGGUUGAUUCAGAGGAUUGGUCUAGUCCCUAUUCCUCGUAUCGAAUACACUGAUGAUUCGCUCGACUUGGUUUUGGAAAAUCUUACGCUUUCUGCUCAGAACUUGUUCCCCAACUUGGUUGAGGUCGAGGUUAAGAACUGGGCCCGCUUUGGUAGUGGAACUGUUACAGGGAAGAAAGAUACUUCCAAGGAAACAAAUACGAACAGACAUUCCCUGCACUUACACUUGUCCCACAUUCAAACCGACAUGCGAGAUGUUGCGUUCUACUUUAGGAAGAAAAGUGGUUUGCCCAAGUUGAAAGAUUCUGGUUUGGCCGAUGUGUUACUCGGAGGUGAUGGUUUAAGUGCAACAAUCCACCUGGAAUCUUCUUCCGACCCCACAACGCUUUACGAUAUCAAAAACAUUGCGGUUAAAGUCGAUACCCUGAAAUUCGCCAUCCGAGACUCGAAACAUGAUUUGCUGUACAAGACUUUGAAGCCACUCGCCACCGGUCUGAUUAAGAAACAGAUUCAGAAAGCUGUUGCCGAUGGCAUGCGCACCGGUUUGGAAUGGCUUGGGGAGGAGCUGAUCGCUGUCAAGGAUAGGAUGCAUGAAGCCAGGGAAGGCGCAAAUGAGGAAGAAGAAGUUGGUCGCUUCAAGGCUAUGCAGGAGGCGUUCAAGCGCCGCACGGAUGAUACCGCGUCUUCUGUUUCUCGCUCUGGCAGUUCAUCGCAGUUUAAGGUCGUUUCUAACAAGCGCAAUUCACUCCUGGCCAGUACCGGUCAUCCUUCUGGCUGGGUUAACAGGGUUGAUGAGAAGGAAAAAACUAUUCAUCAACUUCCAGCGGGCGAACGUGGCACCGGGAAUGAGGACAGUUGGAGAAGCAAAGCAUUCGAUAUUAACGCAUAAAGCAACGAAAUUCAUGAAAUGUAACGCAGUCCAAAGUUUUAUCAUCCCAACAUUUGACGACUUUCAUACCUGUGUAUGUCUUUUUGUGUAUCUUAUUGUACA